AUGGAGGGCGAGGUCGCGUAUGCGUUUGACCGCCUGUCAGAGGGCCAGGACGGCGAGGUGACACCACGGCAGCUCAAGAUCGCGCUGCGUGCCAUGGGCUUUCCAGUGAAAAAAGCCGACGUGCGGUCACUGCUGCGCGAUGCCGGCCUUGAUGCGGCCUUGCCGCUCUGCUUUGACUCGUUCCGAGAGGUGGACAUCACCCCUGACGAGCUGCACGACAUGGUAGUUGAGUUUGAUGCUGACGGGGACGGCCUCAUAUCAGAGGGGGAGUUUGCAGCUAUCCUGGCAGCGGCUGACGAGUGA